CACCCAUCAUGGCUACAGCGGAGGCUCUGCCUGAAAAAUCAGAAUGUCCUACUUGCAAGACCACAAGGCAAGAUUUUCUUCAAGAACCAAAAACUCUCAUUGCUCAACAUCAUGAGAAGAUAAAUACAAAUAAAGUUCAAGGUCCUUCUAUAAAUGUUUUCAGGAAUAAAUACCAAAAACCAAAAUCUACCCAAUAUAUCCCUUUGGAGCUUAAGAAAAAGGAAACACCUGACACUGAUGUAUUCCAAGAACAUCGGACAGCGCUUCGACGUCUGUGUUUUCCCAGGGAGUGCACCAAAAGCUGGCAUCCUGCAGAGCCUUCAAGAGGACAAACCUCUUUCAAGGAGCCACAUUUUUUAAGUAUAAAUGAAAAACCCUGGUCUGUGGAUCUUAUUACAAAAGAACAAGUUAAACUGGGUAAAAUAAUGACAGAAAUUGAAUACGUGAGUAAAAAAAUGGAAAAAGAAAAGCAAGAGAAUGCUGCGAAGUCCAGAAUGAUUGAGUCAUUCUAUGCCCUGCCCAGACAUUCAGUUAUAGUUACCCUUGGAUUGAAGGAGUUAAUCCACCAACCAUUGGAUGAUUGGAAAAGAAGUGUGUUAAGAAAGUCUUUCCAUUUAUCUCAUGCCUCCAGUUGGAGUUUGUCUGGAGCAUCAGGAAUAUUUCCAGGCUAUUGGACCAAAACCUUAAUGAAACAUGAGAAACAAAAAAUCAAACGGGAAUCAAAGCCAGAAAAGAGGAUGGAAGUUUCCCUAAGUAAAACUGCUAAAUUGAACAGUAAAGUUAAAAGAAUUGGACCGCACAUAGAAAUCUUCCAAGUGUUCCAAGAAAGAAACAAAUUAAUAAUUACAAAAAAAGUAGUUCGACUGAUUACUAUUGUGCAAGCACGGAUUAGAGGGUGGCUUGAACGCAAAAGACUUCAAAGAAUAAUGGUCAAGGCUCUGUAUCAUGGAUCCAAUUUGAAGGCAGUUAUAGACAUGUAUCGGGGACUCAUCCAUCGUGUCAAAUAUCGACUGGGCCUGUGGAGGACCAGAGAAAUUAUCAACCUUGCAGAGCUGGAGGAAUGGAUGGACAGAAAGAAGUUCUAUGAGACAAUGUUUGCCAAGAGGGAAGAUUGGCAAGGAUUAGAAAGAAGUGAGCUCCUUAAGUACUUCAAUGACUGUGGUCAUUUCCCAACCCAGAAACAAAUUGAUGACUACUGGGACAUGACCCAUAGAGGUGAACAAAAAUAUUGUGAGCCAAUCAAAAAGUCGCAGGCAGUUGAAAUGAUAUUUACAUUCUACCCUCCUCGCGGUGCUCAUGUGGUCAAUAAUAUCCACAUCAAGUCAAGCUGGCUGCGGCCCAUCGUCAAUGGUGAAGAAGGAUAUAAAUAUAUUGUGAGUGGACAUCCAAUACUCAAAAGAGCUAACAUCCGGAUUGUUGGGAAGUUGGUGGCCAGAUCCAUAAGAGAAAGGAAAAUGACUCAAUAUUAUAAAGCAUGA